GGUUCGAGAGGGUAUCGAUGAUGGUGAUAAUCCUCAACUGUGUUACCUUAGGAAUGUAUCAGCCUUGUCUGGAUAAGGAUCCAUGUACUACUAACAGAUGCCAAAUAUUACAGAUGUUCGACGAAUUCAUCUUCGCCUUCUUUUCUCUCGAGAUGACCAUCAAGAUGAUCGCCAUGGGAGUGUACGGUAGAGGCGCAUAUCUGGCCGAUUCCUGGAAUCGACUGGAUCUUGUCAUCGUUUUCGCAGGAGCGGUUGAAUAUGGAUUGCCGAACAACCUUAAUCUAUCCCCUAUGAGGACCGUCAGAGUGCUGAGGCCAUUGAGAGCGAUAAAUAGGAUACCCAGUAUGAGAAUAUUAGUGAUGCUUCUCCUGGACACCUUACCUAUGCUAGGAAAUGUCUUGCUGCUCUGCUUCUUCGUAUUCUUUAUUUUCGGUAUUGUUGGGGUGCAACUCUGGCAGGGGGUGUUGCGACAACGGUGUGUAUUCAAUAGUGAACAAUUUCCCCACAUACCUAUGCCAACUGAAAUAGGAUACUUCUACAAACCUGUGGAAACGGAUUACAUCUGUAGCAGAAACAACAACUCGGGCAUGCAUUUCUGCACAAAUCUUCCUCCAUUCAAGAAUGGCUCGCAACCGUGUAACCUUACAGUAGAAGAGAAAAAUCUUCCUCAGUAUCGGGAUGAUGAUAAAUAUUGCAUCAAUUGGCAUCAGUAUUAUACACUGUGUUCGGAUAGGAAUCAAAAUCCAUUUCAAGAUACCAUUUCUUUCGAUAAUAUUGGCUUAGCGUGGAUAGCAAUUUUUCUGGUAAUAUCUUUAGAAGGUUGGACUGAAAUUAUGUAUUAUGUUCAAGAUGGUCACAGCUUUUGGGACUGGAUCUAUUUCGUUCUUCUAAUAGUGAUCGGUUCUUUUUUCAUGAUCAAUCUCUGCUUGGUCGUCAUAGCAACCCAGUUCUCGGAAACAAAAAAGCGUGAAAUGGAGAGAAUGCGUCUAGAAAGAGCCAGAUUUCAAAGUAGCAGCACUUUGGCUUCUUCCACAAAUAAUAGUGAACCGAAUAGUUGCUAUGCCGAAAUUGUGAAGUACAUCGCACAUCUAUGGAGGAGGUCAAAACGGAGACUUUUAAAGAAGAUCCGGCUCUAUAGGGUGAGGAGAGAGCAGAGGAGGGACAAGAAAAUGCUUGCGGGAGAGACUAUAAGACUUAACUAUGCGAGGAGGCAUCAUCCUAGUUGUCCUAAGAUGAGGCGAAAUGUAAGUAAU